AUGAUUUUCCUUUUGCUCUUACCGUUUGUGGUUUCGCUGCUCAUGCGGGAGGCCGACCAGCUGAAGAGGGGCAACUCCAGCACCUCCCAUCUACGACAGACAAGCACAAACUUCCCCGCUGUAACAUCAUUUCACUUGUCCAUCAAAACCCAUGUUCUGAAAGACUCAGUCAGCAUGAAGAUCUUCAACAGCAUCACCCGACGCGUCCGCCUUCUCGUCUCUCCGUCAGCUUUUCACCGUACACACUACACAGGCUCCCUGCUCUUCAACCUUGCAUCCUUUAUCCUCCCCGCUCUCUAUGGAACGCUGUCCAAGCUAUGGGUCGCUAAUAUCGACUCAUCAAUGGUUGUAUUGACUGAUGCGUAUACAUACAUGAACACAGCUUCCGAGGCUGUGAAUGAAGGGUUACCUCGGGCUGCUUGGGUCAUCAUUGGCGAUAAAGCAUCGAGGUCGCUGGCGAAACGACUGCAGUUGACGCAUACUCUUAUUGCAUUUCAGACGGCCAUCGGUUUGCUUCUCAGUAUCAUCUUCUUAGGCGCUGCAUCUUCCUUCUCAAAGAGUUUCGUUCCAGUUGAAGUCAGAGAUGUGAGCCUGACUUAUGUACGCAUCACUUCCUUUACUGUCUUGGCUGGAACAUUGGAGACGGCCGUUUCUACGUCAACAAGAGCCUUGGAUAAACCUGAUAUUCCUCUGGCCAUCAGCACCGUCAAGUUUGCUGUCAACAUCAUUCUCGAUUUUCUCAUCAUCUCACGCUUCCAUGUCGGUUCCUUCACACCCACUGUCAACAUGCAAGGCACCAUACAGCUAAUCUGCAAUCUCGUUGCCGCUUUCGCCGGCCUUGUUUAUUUCUUGUGGUCCAAUACGUGGUCUUUCGUCAAGCACACACCACAUGAUCCCCAAGACACAAGGCUGUGGCCAAGUUUUGACUGUCUCAAGGUGCUUCUGCGCCCUGGGAUCAUAUUCUUCACCGAAUCAGCUGUUCGGAAUGCGUUAUAUCUAUGGCUCGUCAGCACCAUCGUUGCCCUCGGCGCCGUGUAUGCUACCGCUUGGGGCGUCUUCAACACCAUACGCUGGGGUCUAAUCAUGGUGCCCGUGCAAGCGCUGGAAGCCACCGCGCUGCAGUUCAUCGGACACAACUGGGGAGACUGGAGGAGACGCGUUGACAUUAGCACACGAAAACCCCGUGCCUCACUGAAAGACUUGCAGUGUAUCGUACAGCCAGCACUGCGGUCUUUGACACUCGCAAUCAUCUUUGAAGUCCCGAUAGCAAUCUUUCUCACUCUCUUCGGCGCCAAGCCUUUUGCGUUAUACAUCAGCGGCUCAGACGAGGUAGCUGACGUGACGGCGUACAUGUGGCGGAGUCUCGACUGGUGCUAUGUCUUUUACGCCAUGUCCACACAGCUUGCCACGAUCCUUCUUGCGACGCGUCCGAAGUGGUAUCUUUACCAGAGUCUCGCGAGUAAUCUUCUUUAUGUGCUACCGUGGGCUAUCGUAUGUCAGGUAGAUGACUUGAAUGAUGGAAAUGCAUGGUGGUAUUACAAGUUUGUUUUUGGAGGGAGUCUUGUUUUCAGUUUUGGUGAUAUUCUUGUUGUUGAUACGCUUUGGGCUUGGAGUUUGCACUAUGGGAAGACCAAGUUGGAGGCUUUCAGAGAGUGA